AGUUUCCAAACGCAAAGCGCCAGCAUCAGCGAAUUAGCAAUAAUCGAGUUUUGGGUUGAAAAUUAUUCACGUUACGUAGUAUAAUAUGGUUUAGAUACAGCAUGUAUGUCAUUAUACUCAAUUUGCAGAAUUCCCAGUUUAUUCACCUAAAACAUCGCUUCAAGUUUCAGUGGAUAUACAGCACAUACUGCAAUUUUUUUAUUUAGUAUAAUUUAUUUUAUAUGUAAAUUUACCAAAUAAAAUCACAAGAUUCAAUUCUAAUUACAAAAAAAACUGACUAAUAAUGCGCUGUAUAUAGUCUAUUAUAUUGAGAUACUCUGUCCAAUACAUAUAGUGCGAUAUUUGAAAAAGUUUUAGCAAUGAACAGUACAUCGUCCGGAGUCGAUGAAGAGGUCGAAUUAUCAAAAUUGGUCGUCGCUGAACAUGAAGAUUCAGCAUUGUGCCAUAAUUCCGAUGUAGAUAAAAAGAAAAAGAAUCACAAGGCGAAAUAUCCUAAGCACGUCUUUCUCAUUAUCGGAAAUGAAUUUUGCGAAAGAUUUUCAUACUAUGGAAUGAGAACUGUUCUUGUUCUGUAUGUCCGAAAUUUCCUCGGAUUUGGAGACGAUGACGCGACGACACUUUUCCAUGCAUUCACCAUGCUUGCAUAUUUUACACCAUUGAUGGGAGGAAUCAUAUCAGAUUCAAUGUGGGGAAAAUACAAAACAAUCAUCAUUCUUUCUAUCGUAUACAUCGCGGGACAUGGAUUUAAAACUGUCGCAGCAAUACCGUAUAUUCCUCAGAGGAGUGCUCACAUAGCUUUAUCCGUUAUCGGAUUACUGCUCAUUGCUGUUGGGACUGGUGGAAUCAAACCUUGUGUUUCCAGCUUUGGUGGUGAUCAAUUCCAAUCAGGCCAGGACGUCUACAGAAAACAGUUUUUCUCUCUUUUUUAUUUCACCAUCAAUGCUGGUGCGUUACUAGCAAAAAUUAUCAUGCCAAUAUUUCGUGCUGAUUUAAAAUGCUACCCUGGAGAAGAAAGCCCAUUGUUCGAAGAGUGUUAUUCGGUUGCGUUUGGUCUUCCUGGAAUCUUGAUGAUUAUAGCACUUGUUCUCCUAGUUUUUGGAUCAUCGAAGUACACAAAGACCCCGCCAUCAGGAAGCAUAUUUUUGAGAUUUUGUAAAUGCAUUUACUCCGCUUGCAAAAACAGAUGGAAUACGAAACCGGCGGAAAGAAACAAAGCUCAUUGGGUUGAUUACGCUGAUGCCACGUCAAGAAUGAAGCGAGAUACAAAAUAUGUGCUGGGAGUACUUGUCAUUUUUUCUCCGCUUCCUUUGUUUUGGGCAUUGUUUGACCAGCAGGGAUCAAGAUGGACACUUCAAGCUUUACAAAUGGAUCGGUACUGGGGAAGCUAUUUGAUAAAACCGGAGCAAAUGGAUACAAUUAAUCCUAUACUGAUCGUCACUCUGAUUCCAUUAUUUGAAGCAACUCUUUAUCCGUUAUUACGACAUUAUAAAAUUCCAUUUACAUCCAUAAGAAAAAUGGGAGCCGGACUUAUUCUAGCUGGAUUAUCGUUCAUUGUGACAGCGAUGGUUCAAUUUGAAAUCGAUAAAACGCUGACACCUCUGCCAAGUACAGAUCAAUUUGCUGUGAGAAUCAUAAAUACUUCACCACACAUUAUUAACUUUAAAUCGGACCAUUCAAUCGUCGAUGCUUUGAUAUUGAAACCAAACGAGGUUAGUAAGACACAAACGGAAUUCAUGGAGACGAAUGAAUGGAAAUUCUUAAACUUGACGUAUUCAAUUGAAAACAAAGAAUCGUCAAGUCAAUCAAUAUCCAUUGCUGUUAAGCCUUCAAAAAUAACAGAAGUAGUCAUCUCAGGAGAAGAUGCAGAUAUAUGGUUUCAGUCCGAUUUGCUGAGCAAACAACCGGAAGAUGGAUCGGGAAUAGUAGGAUUUGUAAAUAGUGAUCGAGGAAAAUAUUAUGUAAAAUUUGAUGACGAUCCUGGAUUGACAAUGCAAUUAGAACCAAUGUCAAGAUCACGUGGAAUAAGACUUCCUGUGGGAAGUAAUUAUUAUUCUGUUUACGAUAUUGGCGAAACCGGAAACAAUACUAAGGAAAUGCUUUUCAAAGGCGAAGUUGACAUAAAGUUAAGUGGAAUAUACAGUGUUGUUCUUAUAAGCUCAAAACAUGAAAAGAAAAACAUACAUUCCAUGGAAUACGAAAAUGCUAAUCAAAUAGAGGACGUCAAUCACUUUCGCGUCAGUGUUGCAUGGAUGAUACCACAAUAUGUUUUAAUCACGGUUGGAGAAGUAUUUCUAUCGGUGACAGGACUAGAAUUCGCAUAUACCCAGGCUCCACCGAAUAUGAAGUCGGUUAUGACAAGCUUUUGGUUAUUAACAAUUUCUCUUGGAAACGUUAUCGUAAUUAUGGUAGCUCAGAUGAAAUCGAUCAAAAGACAAGCUCACGAGUUUCUGUUGUUCGCCGGGUUGAUUGGUAUAGCUUCAAUUGUAUUCAUAUUCCUUGGACGCAGGUACACUCCAGUCGAUGAGGAUGAGUUUGAAAAAGAUAAGAUAGAAGAUGCGGAAGAAGAUGUACAGAUAUAAUGCAAAACACAAUGAUGAUUUUAUUCGCGAACAUGCUCAUAUCCCACAUAUAUAUUUCAUUAUUUUUUUUAAAUAAAUACUAAUGCUUUAGAUUAGCGGUUCCCAAAUUAUGGGUCGCAAAAGGAAACUUAGUGGGUCGUGAAAAAAAGUAGUAAGCUUUGAUUAAUUAUAUUGGCUAUUAGGAUCGGUGGCGACUCGAAUACGUGAAUCUUCAAAAAAAAAAAAAAUCAAAUU